CGCUUCAUCCAGUACCUGGCCUCCAGAAACACCCUGUUCAACCUGAACAACUUCUUGGAUAAAGGUGCUCUGCAAGGUUACGACAUGUCAACCUUCAUCAGGCGAUACAGUCGCUACCUGAAUGAAAAGGCCAUGUCCUACAGACUGGUUGCUGUGGAUUUCACCAAGAUGAAGAGAGGUGUCGACGGCGUGAUGCGAACCAUGAACACAGAGAAGCUGAUCAAGACGCUGCCCAUCAUCCAGAACCAGCUGGACGCUCUGCUGGAUUUCCAGGCCAAUCCUAACGAGCUGACCAACGGAGUGAUCAACUCUGCCUUCAUGCUUCUCUUCAAAGACUCCAUCAGGCUCUUUGCUGCUUAUAAUGAAGGAGUCAUCAACCUGUUGGAGAAAUACUUUGACAUGAAGAAGAACCAGUGUAAAGACGCUCUGGACAUCUACAAGAAAUUUCUUUACAGGAUGACAAAGCUGUCGGAGUUCCUCAAAGUGGCAGAGCAAGUUGGAAUAGAUCAGGGUGACAUCCCAGAUCUCUCACAGAAGACUAAAGGAUCAUACAUUGCCCCCAGCAGCCUCCUGGAGGCUUUGGAGCAGCACCUGGCCUCCCUGGAGGGCAAGAAGACGAAGGAGUUUAAUGCAGACACAAGAGCGUCCACCCUGUCGAGUGCCGUCUCAUCUCUGUCCUCCACUGGCAUGUCCUUCAGCCGCAUGGACGAGAAGGAGAAGCAGCAGGCCCUGGAGGAGGAGCAGGCCAGGCUGCAGGCUCUCAAGGACCAGCGCCUGAAGGAGAUCAGCAUGCAGACUCCCCCCUCUGCCUCCCCCAGCAGCCAGUCGGUCGGCAGCGCCAACAACAACAACCACAUCUCACAGACCCCGGAGUUGUUUGGCUCCGCGCUGAAUGCAAACAGCGUCCCCAACCUGAAUAGUGACCUGUUUGAUCUGCAGCCGGCCUUCAUCCCCGCUGUGCAGAGCACUCCUUCCAUCUCCAACGCCAACAGUGCCUGGGGAGGAGCGGAGAGCCAGCCACUGCAGCAGCCCACCCCAGCCAUGACUGUAGAUUUCGAUGCUGUGUUUGGGAAUAAGUCCACACCCAGUAACAACGGUCCGCAGCCUGCAGCCGGUUUCGAUGCUCUCGGAGACCUGUUAAAGCCCACAGUCACCGCGCACACCGCACCACCUCCCCCUCCUCAAAUGGCCAUUCAUCCUGGAGGAAAGCUGCUAGCCAAUGACCUCGACUCUUCUCUGGCCAACCUUGUGGGCAAUCUGCAAUUUGGAGGAAGUGCAGCCAAGAAGCCAGAGAUGCAAUGGAACCAGCCUGGGGAGAAGAAGCUGACCGGUGGCCAAAACUGGCAAAAUAAGACCAUGUCGACCACACAGUGGGGCCCCGCUCCCAUGGCUCCACAGCCUAUGCCUGUGCAACAUGUGAAUGGAAUGUUCUAUACUAGUUAUGCCCCAGCGCCGAUGGCUUUCCCCAUGACCACACCACAAGUGCCUGUCUAUGGAAUGGUCCCGCCCCAGAUGGCUCAGAUGGGAGGGGUACCUGUGAUGGCUCCACAGCCAAUGAUGUACAACCAGCCUGUUCUCAGACCCACCAACCCUUUCGCACCCAUGCCAGGAGCCCAGAUGCAGUUUAUGUAAUCCAUUCAGGAGGAAGCUGAGUGCCAAAAGUGACAAACAGAGGAAAAAUGUCACGGGAGGACGGCCGAGCGGAGGGAGGGAUGAAAGGAUGGAGACACGAUCCAGAUAACCGACAGACACCAAAACGGAGGACAAGAUGUAGACGGGGGAGGGUGGGGGGGCUGUGUCUGUGUGAAACAACUGCUUGCAUGCGUGAGAGUGGAGCUUCUCUGCGUUUAUGGUGUCACGUCUGACGCGAAGAGUGCAGAUGGAUGAGCAGAGAAGAGGGGAUGGAGGUGAUCCUACCGCACCCAGCCUGCUCAGUUCAGCUCACUGUCGAUGCUUUGAGAGCUGCAGAUUUAGCUUUAUUUCAUUCUGGUGCUACUUUGUCCUCUUCAAGUUCCUGUCUGCCUGCAACAGCAACUUGGGAGCACUUAUAAGAGAAAGUGUGUGUGCGUGUGUGUGUGUGUGUGUGUGCAGCAGUUGUUUCAGGUCUCCCAGCUCCUCUCAGCCCACCCCCCCCUCACUCUCCAUUUGUUUUUACUGAGAGAUGCAGAGGCACAUUUUCUCAAGUUUGUUUCCUGUAAUUUUCAAUCUGUAUUUUUUUUUCUUUCGUUUAUCUUCGACAGCCUCUCUUUAAUGCUACCAGGGCUUGUACAGCAGUUUGUUGAAGCGCUAAACGGUAACCGAGCAUUUAUCAUCAUGGCUUUUGUUAGCUCUGCACACGGAGACGGGGUGUGGUGACGCAUGGGAACAAAAAAGAUAAAAGGAACUCAAGGGCUCGUCCCACUGGGGGUAAAGGCAUGGAAAUGUAUCAGGUUUUGCUGAAAUGGUUGACUGUAUCCGCAUCAUGAAAACUGCCGGUCAAUGUGCUUUCAAAGGGUUUAAGGGAUUGAGGGUUCUUUGCAUAAAAUGUCACACGAGAAAAGUGUCUUGAAAUUGAUCAAAAUUUACCCACAAUUGUUAAUGAAGCUGUGUACAUAAGCAAAACCUGUGUUUUUUCUUUUUUCCUUAUAUGGGCUGUUAACCCAUCUUUGCAAAGUCAGCAUUUUAAUAUUGUGUGUGUCUCUUUAAGAGGCUGUAAGCGAUCAUCAGGAUUGGUCACCUGUCCUAAAAUGAACCCUUUUCUUAAAGCGAUACACACAGUCAUCUAUUUAAACAGUGAAGGGAUGGUUCUGGAUGUUUUGAUCGGAGGUUCUGUUAAAAACACGUCUUCUUUUAGUAAAAGUCUAGAUUAGUUGGAUUUGGAAGCUUAUUAAGCGUCCAAAACAAAACGUUAUAUUUAAAAGAAUCUCCAAACCUAGUUUUUUUUUUCUUUGAAUUUUUGCACAUCAGAAAUAGAGUUUUUUGAAGUGUAUCAUUAACAACCUUCCUGUGUGAAACUUUGCAGUGAUCAAAGUGCUAGUUUAUUGAUUUCUCCUAACCUCCCCCAUAUUUUUUGGUUUACUUCAAUAUCAGUUCCUGUGAUGGGAAAAGCUCUAAAGGUUUAUCCUCAUUACAAGCUAUAAAAUUCCUGCCUACAUAGUUGGACAAUUGUUAAUAGAGUCUAUAAAGUCAAAUAAACUGAUGAUGAUGCUGCCACCACCAUGCUUCACAGUAGGGAUGGUGUGUUCAGGGUCCUGUUUAUGUAGUUUCGUUUUUAUUUAUCUUUUUAACAUCCUUUUAAAAUUAAACAGGCACCCCUUGGUUUUGGCCCCUCUUGAAUUUCCACUAACUUCAGCCUCUAAAAUCAUCUAAUCUGGAUCUGUACUAAUGGAAAAUGCUAAACGUUCUCUACUGCAGGUAAGAUAUGAAGCUGUUUGUAACUUUUUAACAGAACCACGCUUUAAAAGGCCUGAACCUUCCCUUAGAAACAGCUGCUUUUUCUGUAAGUUCAGUAUUCCGCAUAUUUUGCCCGACUAAAUUGUUGCUGAUUUAACUGUUGCCAUGCAAGGCUUUAGAGGCAGGCCAUGAAUGGGGGUGAAAGGGUAUUCUUCUCUCUAGAAGGAC